UGGUCCCUCUAGAGACGCCGUCCGGCUGGGCGCCGCGCCGGCGUCACGUGACCGCGGCCUCGGAGCGGAAGGACGCGCAGCACCGCGGGGGUCUCGCGCCGCGGUGGGCCGCCGGCGGGAUGGAAGCCACCCUGGAGCAGCACCUGGAGGACACAAUGAAGAAUCCAUCCAUUGUUGGAGUCUUGUGCACAGAUUCACAAGGACUUAAUCUUGGCUGCCGGGGUACUCUGUCAGAUGAACAUGCUGGAGUGAUAUCUGUUCUUGCCCAGCAAGCAGCUAAGCUAACCUCUGACCCCACUGAUAUUCCUGUGGUAUGUCUAGAAUCAGAUAAUGGGAACAUUAUGAUCCAGAAACAUGAUGGCAUAACAGUGGCAGUGCACAAAAUGGCCUCUUGACAUCUCAUGUCAGUUUUAUAGAAGCCUGUCAUACGGAUUCAACCUACCAAUGCUAAUUAAAACUUGUAAAACUAUUGAAUUAUGCUUGUAACACUAUUGAAUGCUUAGCACUUACUGUACAUUGGGCACUUUUCUAUUUAUAUAAGUGCUUUUAAACUAGCCUCUCAAGAUGUGAAUAAGCAUUUUUCAUACUCAAGUCUAGUGCUGUACCACUUGAGCCACAGCUUCACUUCCGGCUUCUUGAUGAUAGUUGAUUGAAAAUAAGAAUCUCGUGGACUUUCCUGCUCAGGCUGGUUUCAGACUACAAUCCUCAGAUCAUGGCCUCCUGAGUAGCUAGGAGUAAUGAGCCACUAGAAUGCCACUAGAAGAGCCACAGGAAUGAGCCACUAGUUACCUAGCUAAGAAAGGAUCACAUUUUGAAGCAUGUUUCUUUGUAUCCAAAGAUAAUAUGGAUACAGUGAGGAAUAGGGAUUUUCAGCAGGAGGAAAUGGCUAUGACAGGACAAAACAAAAUGGGUAUUUAUGUAAUAGCAAGUGAUCUAGUUUGAUUGGGUGGGCAAGAAGUGAAUGGAGUCCAGGUCACCUUUAUCUAUAGAAUUUUCUAUAUACAAUAAAUAGUUUGGAAGAAAUCUUG